AUGGAAGCCUAGGAGAUUGUUUCCUUUAGUUUUACCAAGACCCAUAGAGCAUCACCUUCCUUCAUUGAAGCUUACAGCAAAACACACUUGCUGAGAGAGUCCAUAUACAUCACAGGAAAAGCAGCAAGAUUUUGCAAGGCUCAAGGAUUUCCAGUUCAGCAGUGGCUAACCAAGAAGGAGCACCUCUUCUACUGCCACGAAAGGAAACCUCUAAACCCUACCCACUGUACCAUUAACUACUGUCCUCUACGAGAUCAGAAAACCAUGAAGGCUGUAGCUCUCUUCAUUUGUCUCAUAGGAUCAGCUUUUGCUAUUCCAACCCAUUCUUUACACUACAAACUCGGAAUCCAUGGACAGAAACCUCCAGAAAAGACUGAAGAUAUUCACCCCGAAGCCCCAAAGGAAGACAACACAGGGUAUGUAGACAAGGGUGAUUUGCUGCCCAGUCACAAAAACCUAAACCCAGAGGGGUCAGUACCACAUGCUGAGCACAGGGACGAGCCCCAGACCACUAGAAAACAAGGAAGAACCGGUAGCGAGCAUCAAGUGAAAAACAGUCUAAAAAGCAUCAAUUUCCUUGCGCUGCACAACAAACCAGUUUUGGCUUCUGAUAACCAGGACAGUGACUCUGGAAGCAGUGGCAGAGAACAGUCCAGCUCUGAGCACUACCAGUUCAGGAGGCACGAGAAACACAGCAAUACAGCCAGUCGACACGUUUUAGGCAACACAGAAAAUCCAGUGGAUGCUCUCAGUCUUGACCAUGAGCACAACACGUGGAAAUACAAUAAAAAUACAGUUGGCCUAGCUGAAAAAAACAGUGAAAGUGAUGAAGAAGGUGUGAUAGAAGAGGAUGAGGAAUGGGGUGAAGAAACUGAUUACAGAGAUACGAAGCACAAAGGCCACCAGACAAAUCAAGGUGACAAAUACAAAAGACAGCAAAAUGAAAACAGUAUGCAAUCUGAUGAAAUGUUGAGAGAUUCCAGUCAACCAAUCCGGAUAACCAAAAGACAUGGUGAGAAAUUUGACCUAGAGGCAGAAGAGAGGGAAAACAGCCAGAAGAAAUCCUAUAAAGGAGAAACCUCCCUCUCUCGAAGAACCCAUAAUGAAGAUCAGGAUGACAAAUGGCAAAGCCAAGAGAAGACCGACAACAUUCAAGUAAACUAUCAGAGUGAUCACAACACAGUGGUGAAGAGACGAGAUAUGGUGGACAGUAAUGCUGCUGAUGAUGAUCAUGACAGUGGUGAUGUUGAUGGUGAGGACUAUCUCAGCAACACCUGGAAACAAUCAGCCUAUCAGGAAGAGGAGGGAAUCCAGAGUAAUGACCAGGAGAACACCAGCACUGAGCACAAAGGGGAAGGAACCACCGAAGAUGACACUGCAGUUUAUAUAAAGACUGAGGAUUACCAACAUGUCAAGAUUAAAGACCUUAUUCACUCUGAACAAGAUGACUACUAUCAUGAGCCACCUAACUCUGACAGUGAGCAACAACUGGAAACGACUAGCUCUGUUCAGAGCAUGAAAAUGGAAAGUGAGAAUAAGGUUAAGACUACAGGCAGUUCUGACAGUGAGAUGGAAAGUGCAAGCAACAGGAGCGAGAAGGCUCUCUUGGACCCAUGUAGGAACUUCCACUGCAAAAGAGGUAAAGUCUGCCAUGUGGACAAACAAGGGAAACCCAGCUGUAUUUGCCAAGAUCCUGCUGCUUGCCCUUCUACCAAAGACUAUGAGCAUGUCUGUGGUACAGAUAAUAAGACUUACGAUGGCACAUGUCAACUCUUUGGCACCAAAUGUCAACUUGAAGGGACAAAAAUGGGACGCCAGCUGCACCUAGACUACAUGGGCUCCUGCAAAUACAUCCCCCACUGUACUGAUUAUGAAGUGGAUCAGUUCCCACUCCGGAUGAGAGACUGGCUCAAAAACAUCCUUAUGCAAUAUUAUGAACGUGAGCUGGAUACUUCUGGAUUUCUAACUGAAAAGCAAAAGAAUAAGGUCAAAAAAAUCUAUGAGAAUGACAAGCGCCUCGUGGCUGGCAACCAUGCAGUUGAGCUGCUCCUGCAUGACUUUGAGAAAAACUAUCACAUGUAUGUGUACCCUGUGCACUGGCAGUUUCAUCAGCUUGAUCACCACCCUGUUGACAGAUUAUUAACACACUCUGAGCUUGCACCUUUGAGAGCCUCCCUUGUUCCCAUGGAACACUGCAUAACCCGUUUCUUCCAGGAGUGUGAUGGAGACCAAGACAAACUCAUUGCUUUGAAGGAAUGGUGCCACUGCUUUGGGAUUAAGGAAGAAGACAUAAAUGAAAAUCUCCUAUUCUGAGCCUGGCUGAACAGAAUCCCAGUGCUGCACUAAAACUGGUGAAAUAUAUGAAUCCUGUUUAUUUCUGUAAUUAACAGCUUCAUAGUUUUCAAGACAAAGGUGGCACAAGGUUCACCGCACUCCUGUCAAAUAACACAAGUGCAGAAAAGUUCUGUUUAUUAACAGCAGAAAAAUUUAACUACUCCAAGUGGUUCAUAGCUAAACAACCAGUGUUUUCCCCACAUGUAUCCAUGACCUCUCUGAACCAAUAAAUAGUACUAACCUGAUGACUAAGCUGUUCACAAAACUCUCCAGUAGUAUUAUAGGAUGUGGAUUUUACCACACACUGAAGAAAACUACCUUGAGAUAGGACUUGUUUCCUUUAUUUACUGUAUUGUCAAUUUAACAUUCUGCAUGGAAGGCUCAAAUAAAAAGAAAGUCUACCUAGAUAA